GAAUUGCUUCACUUCGCCGGCUCGGUCGUAGCCCUGUUCGCCGAUCAAGAAGAAUCACACGGUGGUACCACAAUGGCUAAAAAUUAUGUACAGCACAGAAUUCUUCAAGGCUUGCAUUGAUCACUUGGACUCAAAAGGGAAAUAUUUAGAUCAUUUCUGUAUUGAUUGUCUUCAGCCUAUAUGUCUGAACUGUCUUGCCCAGCACAUGUUUCACAAGCAUGUUAAGAUUCGGAGAUAUAUUUACAGUGAUGUGAUUAACCGCCGAGACUUGUGCAAGCUCUUCAACUGUUCUGGCAUACAGACUUAUCACACAAACAAAGCCAAAGUGGUUUUCUUGAAGCAAAGGCAUCAACCACAUCAGCAACAGCAACAACAUAAUUAUAAUACUAAAUUAAGAGAGUAUAUGUGUACCAUCUGCUACAAGAAUUUGCAAGACAAUUCCCUCUAUUGCAGUGUAGCCUGCAAGGUUUUAGCAAUUCAUGGAAACGAAUGCCAGAGAAAAGCCACAUGUGGUGAUCAUGGUUUUGAAGAUAAUAAGGAGAAAAAUGGAGGUAAUAGAAAUCUGAAAGUAUCAAUUAACAAAAGGCCAAAGUUAAGGAGAAAAGGAGUCCCUAUAAGAUCCCCAAUGUUCUGAUCAGGAAAGUAACCAUUCAUGAAAAAUUGAAAACAAGAAGAGGUUGAAAAACAUUGGAAUUAUAUCCAUGAACACAAUGUUCUGAAAAUCUGAAUUUUUGUCUGUGAUUUUCCUUCGCCGGUCUGAUAGCGGCGAGCAUGGACUGAUUUCUCUUUUGUUGAAGAAAAGGCCUGUGCAUGUACUCCUUUCAGUCCUUUGGCUACCUUGUGAAGGUACUACUUUCUGGGUUUUGUAGCUCCAACAAGACUUGGUUCCCUGGGGGCUGCUUGCUAGGCUGAGUCUGCUGCAUGUGUUUGAUUGAAGUCUACUGUCUUGUUAAAGUAAUUAUAAAAAAAAAAAAUAGAAGUCAUGGUCAAUGUUUUUUUCUUCAUCUUCUCUCAGA